CUGUUGGAAGCAGGAUUCAAUUCGGGGAAGAAGCAGAGCAUGGCACAAGCCGCGCAGCGCGAUUUUGCGCGUGAGCGGAGUAGUCUCUGUCGGCAUCCUAGACAGUCAGAGCAGAGCCCUCAAAUUGGAGUUAUCACAAAGCGGCAACACCCAAUCAUUCACGCUGGGCUCUUCUCAAAUCCGCGGUGUCUUUUUCCAACUGUUCUCUCGUGAUUUUGUUGAAUUUGGACGGAUUCUUUUGCAAUUAUUGUAGUUCAUUCGACUUAAAACAAUCAAAGUAGUUUUCAGUCUUUUUUAUUCUCCCCUUGAUCUUGCUAAUGCGGGUGUGCAGCAAGUUUACCGAACCUUCAAACUUGCUCCAUAUGAUUCGGAAGUAAAGCACGUGACGUUACCUGGGAUUGAGUGCACCUGGUAUAAAGUCAAUUACCAUGUUAGGAUCAUUUAUACGGAGGACGGAGUCGACUGGAGCAUGUAUUUCAUGUUGACCAAUAUGCGCUUUCAUAAUUGAUAUCGAAAUGUGGGGAAGUUCUCUGCGGAUGGACACAAACCGAACACAGCGGAGACCAGCCCUGCUCCUGGAUGGGUGAGGUCCCUGCCAACCCAGUCGGCCAGUGAAACACCCCCCCCCCCCCCCCCCCCCCCCCACCCCUUUCCUCCCAACCAGGGUCCCCCAGAGGAGCAGCAGGGAUGUACCAGGAGGUGGCCUUCCUAGCGGGCAGCACAGAAAAAGAGUUCACGCCCUUCCACUUCCCCCUGGAGAACCAGCAGGAGGUGGUCACUAAGAAGGGUGUGUUCUUUAAACGGCAGCGACUGCUGCGGAGGCCCAAUGAGGCGCAGGAGGAGAACGACCUGUCAGCCGUUAUCAAUGUAGGCGGGAUCAGGUACCGUAUCCCCUGGUCCGUUCUGGAGGAGUUCCCUCUGACGCGGCUGGGCCGGCUGAGGAGCUGCAGCUCAUUGGACGAGAUCAUGGAGGUGUGUGACGACUACGACGACGGGCGCCAGGAGUUCUUCUUCGACCGCAGCCCAUCUGCGUUCCGCACCAUUGUGACGUUCCUGGCGGCAGGGCGGCUCCGACUGCUGAGGGAGAUGUGUGCCCUGUCCUUCCAGGAGGAGCUUGUCUACUGGGGCCUGGAGGACACCAGGUUGGAGUGGUGCUGCCUCAGGAAGCUACGCAUAAGACAGGAGGAGCUCAAGGAGCAGCUUAGGAUGGAGGAAGAGGAAGCAGAGCUCACCACCACCCUGACCCCCCAGAGCUGUGAGGAUGGGCUUGGGCCCCCCGGGGCGGGGGGGGAGGAGGAGGAGGAGGAGAGCCGCAUGGCGGGGUGUAUGCGCAGUCUCCAUGACAUGGUGGAGAACCCUCAAUCUGGACUUCCUGGGAAGAUCUUUGCCUUUCUGUCGGUGGUGUUUGUGGCCAUCACCGCUGUAACACUCUGCAUCAGUACCAUGCCUGACCUCAGGGAGGAGGAGGAGAGGGGUGAGUGUUCUCAGAGGUGCUACAAUAUAUUUGUCCUGGAGACGGUGUGUGUGGCCUGGUUCUCUCUGGAGUUCCUGCUGCGCUUCAUCCAGACGCCGAGCAAGUGUGUGUUCCUGAAGACGCCCCUCAACAUCAUCGACGUGGUGGCCAUCCUGCCCUACUACAUUACCCUGAUCGUAGACUCUCUGUCUGAGGGAGGGGAGAAGCCCAGCGGCGGGAACAACUACCUGGAGAAGGUGGGCCUGGUGCUGCGGGUACUCCGGGCCCUGAGGAUCUUCUACGUGAUGCGUCUGGCGCGCCACUCCCUGGGGCUGCAGACCUUAGGUCUGACGGUCCGACGCUGCACCCGUGAGUUCGGCCUGCUCCUCCUCUUCCUGUGUGUUGCCAUGGCACUUUUCUCCCCUCUGGUGUUCCUGGCGGAGAGCGAGAUGGGCGCCAAGUAUGACUUCACCAGCAUCCCUGGCACCUACUGGUGGGCGGUGAUCUCCAUGACAACGGUGGGGUACGGGGAUAUGGUGCCGCGGAGCAUCCCGGGUCAGGUGGUGGCACUCAGUAGCAUCCUCAGUGGGAUCCUCCUGAUGGCGUUCCCCGUCACCUCCAUCUUCCACACAUUCUCUCGGUCCUACCUGGAGCUGAAGGAGGAGCAGAACAGAACGCUGAGACAGAAACCAGACUUCCAGGACUCCACCAAGUCUCAGAACAGCGAGGACUCGGCCGAGACCGACAGUUAUCAUGGCAUCACUGAGGCCGCCGCCUCCGCAUUACGCAAGAAGUCCAUCGCCAUUGCGUCACAGAGGAGGGCCAUGCAGUCUCAAGACUGAGUGUGUGUGUGUGCAAUGUGAGAGCCUGAGGUUGUGCAGUGCUCUACUAAAGCUAGAGGACUACUAAACAGGGAUUGGACGUUUUUCUCAAGCUUAAGAAGAAAAGGAGCUCUGAUGUUUGUGAUCCUCAUAGCUCUGUCCAUCAGACUUCAAUAGAGUUUCUAAGAUUUUAUAAGACAGCUGCAAAAGUAUUUUUGCUGACAUUAUUGGUGAAGAGCUGACCAGAAGAUAAAAAGACAAGUUCUCUGUGGUCAAAGGACAUUUCACCCAGGAGAGUACCCCUACAACACAGGAGAGUACCCCUACAACACAGGAGAGUACCCCUACAACACAGGAGAGUACCCCUACAACACAGGAGAGUACCCCUACAACACAGGAGAGUAGCCCUACAACACAGGAGAGUACCCCUACAACACAGGAGAGUACACCUACAACACAGGAGAGUAGCCCUACAACACAGGAGAGUAGCCCUACAACACAGGAGAGUAGCCCUACAACACAGGAGAGUAGCACUACAACACAGGAGAGUAGCCCUACAACACAGGAGAGUAGCCCUACAACACAGGAGAGUAGCCCUACAACACAGGAGAGUAGCCCUACAACACAGGAGAGUAGCCCUACAACACAGGAGAGUAGCCCUACAACACAGGAGAGUAGCCCUACAACUCAGGAGAAUAGCCUUACAACACAGGAGAGUACCCCUACAACACAGGAGAGUAGCCCUACAACACAGGAGAGUAGCCCUACAACACAGGAGAGUAGCCCUACAACACAGGAGAGUAGCCCUACAACACAGGAGAGUAGCCCUACAACACAGGAGAGUAGCCCUACAACACAGGAGAGUAGCCCUACAACUCAGGAGAAUAGCCUUACAACACAGGAGUGUAGCCCUACAACAUAGGAGUAUAGCCCUACAACAUAGGAGUAUAGCCCUACAACAUAGGAGUAUAGCCCUACAACACAGGAGUAUAGAAGCCCUACAACAGAGGAGAAUAGCCCUACAACACAGGAGAAUAGCCCCACAACACAGGAGAGUAGCCCUACAACACAGGAGAAUAGCCCUACAACACAGGAGAAUAGCCCUACAACACAGAAGAAUAGCCCUACAACACAGGAGAGUAGCCCUACAACACAGGAGAGUAGCCCUACAACACAGGAGAGUAGCCCUACAACACAGGAGAGUAGCCCUACAACACAGGAGAGUAGCCCUACAACACAGGAGAGUAGGCCUACAACACAGGAGAGUAGCCCUACAACACAGGAGAGUAGCCCUACAACACAGGAGAGUAGCCCUACAACACAGGAGAGUAGCCCUACAACUCAGGAGAAUAGCCUUACAACACAGGAGAGUACCCCUACAACACAGGAGAGUAGCCCUACAACACAGGAGAGUAGCCCUACAACACAGGAGAGUAGCCCUACAACACAGGAGAGUAGCCCUACAACACAGGAGAGUAGCCCUACAACACAGGAGAGUAGCCCUACAACACAGGAGAGUAGCCCUACAACUCAGGAGAAUAGCCUUACAACACAGGAGUGUAGCCCUACAACAUAGGAGUAUAGCCCUACAACAUAGGAGUAUAGCCCUACAACAUAGGAGUAUAGCCCUACAACACAGGAGUAUAGAAGCCCUACAACAGAGGAGAAUAGCCCUACAACACAGGAGAAUAGCCCCACAACACAGGAGAGUAGCCCUACAACACAGGAGAAUAGCCCUACAACACAGGAGAAUAGCCCUACAACACAGAAGAAUAGCCCUACAACACAGGAGAGUAGCCCUACAACACAGGAGAGUAGCCCUACAACACAGGAGAGUAGCCCUACAACACAGGAGAGUAGCCCUACAACACAGGAGAGUAGCCCUACAACACAGGAGAGUAGGCCUACAACAUAGGAGAGUAGGCCUACAACAUAGGAGAGUAGGCCUACAACAUAGGAGAGUAGGCCUACAACUCAGGAGUGUAGCACUACAACACAGGAGAAUAGCCCUACAACAUAGGAUUAUAGCCCUACAACACAGGAGUAUAGCCCUACAACACAGGAGUAUAGCCCUACAACACAGGAGUAUAGAAGCCCUACAACUCAGGGGUAUAGCCCUACAACACAGGAUAAUAGCCCUACAACACAGGAGUAUAGCCGUACAACACAGGAGUAUAGCCCUACAACACAGGAGUAUAGCCCUACAACACAGGAGAAUAGCCCUACAACACAGGAGUAUAGAAGCCCUACAACACGGAAGUAUAGAAGCCCUACAACACAGGAAUAUAGCCCUACAACACAGGAAUAUAGCCCUACAACACAGGAGAGUAGCCCUACAACAUAGGAGUAUAGAAGCCCUACAACACAGGAGAAUAGCCCUACAACACAGGAGUAUAGAAGCCUUACAACACAGGAGUAUAGUCCUACAACACAGGAGUAUAGCCCUACAACACAGGAGUAUAGAAGCCCUACAACACAGGAGUAUAGAAGCCCUACAACACAGGAGUAUAGCCCUACAACACAGGAGUAUAGCCCUACAACACAGGAGUAUAGCCCUACAACACAGGAGUAUAGCCCUUCAACACAGCAUGGGGAGAAAGCUUCUCUCUCACAAAUAUUCAGUAUGGUAAAGAUAUUAUUUUAGUGGAAAAACACCUUUGAUUAAAAUAUUAUAAUGUUGGUAUAUAUUUAGGAUAAGAAGGAUUGCAAUAAGAUAAGUGCAAUAAGAAAGAUUGACUAUAAACACAUUGUACAGAUUUCUGAAUGCUUAGUUUGCUUCUAUCUAGACUCAGGAUCUGCAUAUUUUAAUAAAUGUAAGGAAACUAUGA